AUGGCGACGCGAAACACCCUCGCGGCGCUUUACAGCGUGAAUUCCGCUCGGCUUAUUCUGCUCGCGUCUCUCUCGCUGCUGUUCCUAUCUUGCUCCCAUGCCACGACUCUCUCUCCUAAAGAAUGCGAAGCGCUGGGCUUCACGGGGCUUGCUCUCUGCUCCGAUUGUGACCAACUCGCCACUUUCGUAAAAGACGCCAAGCUCGAGGCGGAGUGUCGCAGCUGCUGUGUCACUGACGAAGACACGUCCACCCAGCAGUAUGCAUCGGCAGUCCUGGAGGUGUGCAUGAGGCGCGUGCAGUGGAUGCCAGUCGUUGCAGAGUUUAUUGAAACCAAGGCGCCCAGCUUCCCCAACCUACAGGUCCGCUACCGAAUCAACGCUCUCCCCAAGCUCAUUAUGAAGGACGCUGAGGGAAAGAAUGCUGAUGUCAUCAGGAUUGAGAACUGGAAGAUGGAGCACAUUGAACAGUUCCUAAAGGAAAAACUCACGGAUGCCACUGCUGCCAGUGCUAAUGCGUGA